AUGUCCUCAAUCUGUGGCGCGUCAGAUAAUACUAUACAUAUAACCAGCGUGAUUAGCUCCCCAGAAAUUGUGCAUCACAGUCAAUAUUCCGAACUCUCAAAAUUUUACAUUAUACUACAGUCAAAUAGCUCAGAGCCCCCUCCUUUCAUACAUGAGCCAGAAACGGAGAUUUUUUUCACCGGUCACCUUAUUGCUAGUUUGUUUGGUAGUUACCCUGUGAUUAAGGUUGGAGCGGGAAAGUGGGUGUUCCACCGGGGACAACACUAUGAGCUGGUGGAGGAAUUCAGUAAGGCGCGAGUCUGGGGAUCUGGAUAUGUGACUCAAGUCAAACACAAUCGGAGUGCUCCCCGACGAAGCUAUUUGACUGUUUUGGACCCUACACCAACAUCGGGGGCCUGCAUCCGACUUCUUGCCUGGGACUCGGAGAUUUUGGGUCAAAUGAGUCGGAUUAAACGUGGGAACUGGAUCAAGUUUAGUGGGAAAGCUGGGAUCGACGCGUAUAAGGACUCCCACAUUGCGGAAACAACCGACGGUCAGAAUCAACCCAAUAUUUCCUCAGGACUAAUCCCAAAACCAUUCGAGAGUUAUCCGUGGACGAAUGGGCCCCGGAGAAGUUAA